UCAACUUCAUCCCUAAGAAGGUCCUAUUCCUAUGAGGAAGUUCAACCGCCAGCUACUUCCCAAAGAUGAUGGCCAGGGACUGCCCAGCUCCUUCUUGAAAGACCAUUUGCUUCUGGACCCUGAACAGCUUCCUUAUUAGUCCCUCUCUAAGGAGGGGGGAGGGCUUACCUUAAAGGGAAUGAAGAAGUCAGAGCAGUCCAGGCAUGGAGCUAAGCCAUAUUGUGCAGCAACCAAGAUGACGGCAUCUAUCAAGCCAAGACCUCUGCUGUGGAGGGCUCCCAUCUACCUUCAUCCACAAGAUCAGUGGCCAUGUGUUUUAUUUCCUGGAAGCCUCCAGUACAGACAGAAAGCAUAUCAUGCUGGUACAAACAACUUACUGUUUCCAUCGAGUAAAUAUAUUAAAGGAAUUCCUUCCAGUGGAUUCAAAGAAAAGCAUCAUUUUGACUUGCCACACACAGGCCACCACCUCCCUGUAGAACCUGACAGAGAACAACAUCUUCCCAGAAGAAGACACCACCAUCACCACCACCACCACCAUCAUAAGCAGAGCCCACAACCAGAACAGAUGCAGCAGAAGACCCAGUGUGUCUGCCCUUCACUACAACAUUUAGAUUCUCCAAGACAUCGAAAUUCUUCAAAAGAAAAGAAAACCAGAAAAUGUACCUUUCAGGGUCUGGAGGAGGUUCACUUUCUUCCUUCUAUAUCGUCUUCCCAUAAACACUCCUCAAUUCAACAGCAAAAUGAACAUUGCCAUUCAAGAAGAACUUGUCAUCAUCAUGAACCUACCAUGGUCAAUCACUACUGUAGCAGGUGUGGCCUCCCAAGAAAUCUUCCUCAAAUGUUCACCAUUAGAAGAUACAACCCAGGGUAUCAGCAGUUCCCAUACAGACACUGACAUUCAAGAAAGAAGCCCUGGAAGUAAAGGCACCCUCCACCCCCUCCAAGAAAGCCACCUUUCUCAGCAAGCUCUACCAAAGGUAGGUGACCAAGAUUCGAGUAGCAAGUAUCAGCGGGACCUAUACAUCAAGGACAAGUGUACUAACUUCUGAACAUUAAAAGGUCUAUUAAGAUGA